GAACGCCGGGAGCCGCGGCCGCAGCUGACCGGGUCUCACGGAGCCGCACGAGCGCGGCGGCGGCGGCGGGGCCGCUGCUCCGCCCAGGGGCGGGCUGCGCGCUCUCCCGCCCCCGACGGGCCGCCGUCCCCGCCGCGGUUCCCGCCGCCGCCGCCGCCAUGGAGGAGCAGAAAGAGAACCGCCCGCAGGCCGCCCGGGACGAGGCGGCGGCUGCUCCAGCAGCCCGGCCGCCGACAGCAUUAUAAGAUCGGUGAUCAAGAAACUAAUGGCAAAACUUCAGCUGCCAGUUCAAACGACUUCAGUGAUCCGAUUUACAAAGAAAUCGCUAUAACCAAUGGCUAUAUCAAUAGAAUGACCAGAGAAGAGCUCAGAAGUAAACUCGCAGAGUUCAAGCUUGAAACCAGAGGAGUGAAAGAUGUACUGAAAAAGAGAUUGAAAAAUUAUUAUAAGAAACAGAAGCUGAUGCAGAAGGAACACAUUAGUGGAGACAGCUGCUAUGACUACAUCUGUGUCGUUGACUUUGAAGCAACAUGUGAAGAAGGAAAUCCGCCUGAAUUUGUACAUGAAAUAAUUGAAUUUCCUGUUGUCUUAGUAAACACACGUACCCUGGAAAUAGAGGAUACCUUUCAGCAAUACGUGAAGCCAGAGAUUAAUCCCAAGCUUUCAGACUUCUGCAUCAGUCUGACAGGAAUAACCCAGGACAUUGUUGAUAAAGCUGAUAUUUUUCCUCAAGUUCUGCAGAAUGUCAUAGAGUGGAUGAGACAACGAGAACUGGGAACAAAGUACAGCUAUUCCAUGUUGACUGAUGGAUCUUGGGAUAUGAGUAAAUUUUUGAACAUCCAGUGCCGUAUUAGCCGUAUCAAAUACCCUUCUUUUGCAAAAAAGUGGAUCAAUAUUCGCAAAUCAUAUGGGAACUUCUACAAGGUUCCUAGGAACCAGACCAAGCUGACAAUCAUGCUUGAAAAUCUGGGCAUGAAUUAUGAUGGGAGACCUCACAGUGGACUUGAUGACUCUAAAAAUAUUGCAAGGAUAGCUAUAAGGAUGCUUCAGGAUGGCUGUGACCUGCGGGUGAAUGAGAGAAUUCACGGUGGACAGCUGAUGACAGUCUCCUCCUCAGUCCCCUUAGAGGGAGCCCCUGCUCCACAGAUGCCCCGCUACAGAAACUAGCAGUUCAGGGCUCUGCCCCGGGAGCUGCCUUCAGACACCUGCUAAAGACUCCAGAGCUUAUUAAAUGGCCACCUCUGCCAGAUUGUCUGCCAUGCAGAAUCCUAAAGCACCUUAACUAAUCAUCUCUGUUGAAAUAAAGAGGAGCAUGGAAACUGUUUGUUCUUUGAAGCCUAUUACAGCAAUUUCUUUUUGUACUGAUGAUUUCCAUUGUUGUUUCCAACUUUGCUAGCAGUGAGGUUGAUAUCUGGAAUCCAGAUGAAGUGUUAAGCUUUUAAGAACAUGUAAUUUGAACACCUGCUAAGAGGGAUUGGGCCUGUGUGCUGCUGUUCCACCCCAGCCUGUGGGCAGUAUUUGUUCACUGUGAUGUACUCCAAUGAUAUCUAGCAUCUGCUUAUUCAUUGCACACAAAUAAGCCAUUCCUGGAAGAACUGAAAGAGCAGUGGUUGGGCUGGCCCUUCCUGAUAAGGCACUCUGCUAAGGGUUCCUACCAAUUUUUUGGUUUUUUACAAAGUCUAGGAAAAAUGGGCGUGCAUUCAUCAGUUCUAAAGCAGUAGAGGAGUACUCUGUUGUUUGGGGUUCUUCUUUAAGGGAUAUGUUUGUCUAUUUCCCCAUCAAAUGGAAGAGCUAGGUGUUGAAUAAAAAUUUCAUUAAUGUA